ACGAAACCCAUCUUACAAGCUUCUACAUUCCAGCUUACAUCCAGCAAAAUGUCCCUAGAAACCGAGGCUGUAGCAUCAGCUACAAUUGAACUUCUCGAGGGCCGGCUCCGCAGGCUAGAAUAUCUCCUGACUGGCGACACACAAUGGACCGGAAAAUCAUCUACGGCACCUAAACCGGACACAUUAGAAGAUACCGUCGCGCGUCGCUUGACUAGUUUGGAGAGAACGCUCAAUUCUUUGAGCAAAUCAAAUCCAGCAGUGCGAGAUGUGUUGCAGCUGUACUCUCGAUUCCCCGAUUUGUUUCCAGGCGCCUCUACGCACGAAGAUACUAUCCCCGCUGAUCUAAGUACACAAAACCUCGCUUCCAUCGUUCUAUCCUAUGCCACCGCAUUCCCCGAAACUGCAUCGCGACUUUCAUCUCUCAAAGACCUACCCAUUCCGGACGCACAAGCUUCAACCGCGCUGAUUGAACUUCAACCACGUCUCCAGAAGCUUUUGAGUAUUCAGGAACAACAAGCUAUCGAGAUAUCCGAGUUGCGGAAGCGCAGUGCACGGUUAUUGCAGCGAUGGUAUGAAUUAGGGGUUCUUAGGAAUAGUGAGUGUUGGGCGGAAUGGGAGUCGCGAUUGGAAGAUAUUGAGCGGGAAGUCAAGAGGCGUGAGGUUAUACAUGAUCGAAGAGAAAGGGAGAUAUAA